GGCUCCGCGCCGGGAGGGCGGCAGGAGGGAGCGGUGGGACCGGGAGUGGGACCGGGACCGCGGUGCCACGACCCGGCGGGAUGGGCGGUAUGCUCAUGGCUCUCUUCACAAGAACUAGCAGUUAUCCUAACAUCACUGACCCCAUUCCCUGUGGGGCAGACAACACUACAGAGCCUGACCUGCCACACUCGCAUGCCUACUAUGCCCUCUGCUACUGCAUUCUCAUUUUGGCUAUCAUCUUUGGGAACGUGCUGGUCUGCUUAGCCGUGCUGAAGGAACGCACCUUGCAAACCACAACAAACUACCUUGUGGUGAGCCUGGCAGUGGCGGACUUGCUGGUGGCUACUUUGGUGAUGCCAUGGGUGGUGUACCUGGAGGUGACUGGAGGAGUCUGGACUUUCAGCCGCAUCUGUUGUGAUAUAUUCGUCACCAUGGAUGUAAUGAUGUGCACAGCCAGCAUUUUAAACCUCUGUGCUAUCAGCAUUGACAGAUACACAGCAGUAGUGAAACCAGUACAGUACCAGUACAACACUGGGCAGAGUUCCUGCAGGAGAGUCUCUCUGAUGAUAGCGAUUGUCUGGAUGCUGGCAUUUGCAGUGUCAUGCCCUCUUCUCUUCGGCUUCAAUACUACAGGGGAUCCCAGUGUCUGUUCCAUAUCCAACCCUAUUUUCAUCAUCUACUCCUCUCUGGUGUCCUUCUACCUCCCCUUCAUGGUGACCCUGCUGCUCUAUGUCCGGAUUUACCUCGUGCUAAGACAAAGGCAAAAGAAGCGAACCCUCACACGGCAGGGCAGCUACAGCACGAGCACAAAAAUGUCUUAUGUACACAAAGAACACAUGGAGAAGAAAGCUUUACCAAACAAAUGCCAAGGCACGUUUCCCCCCUGCCUCCCACUCAAAUGUUCAGGACAGCAGAUGUCUACCAAAAGGAAGCUGCUGACUGUCUUCAGCCUGCAGCGCUACCGCAGCUUCUGCCAUGAUGCAGCCCUCACAAGGACACCAGGAACUACUCAACACAACAGGCUGGGAGAGAGGAGAAAGGGUAUGAAGCCAGAAUUGGAGGUACGGAGUCUCAGUGGUGGAAGAACUGUCAGCUCUUUGAAGCUAGCACACCAGCAGCCCCGGCUGAUCCAGCUUCGGGAGAGGAAAGCUACACAGAUGCUAGCUAUUGUCUUGGGGGCAUUCAUAGUCUGCUGGCUGCCAUUCUUCUUGAUUCACAUCCUCAACGCCCACUGCCCAUCGUGCCACGUGCCCCCGGGGCUUUACAGUGCCAGCACCUGGCUUGGCUACGUCAACAGUGCCCUCAACCCCAUCAUCUACACAACCUUCAACACUGACUUCCGCAAAGCCUUCCUCAAGAUACUCUGUUGCUGACCAGGGCCACUGCCGAACUGCAAGGGCUGUGGUUUGCAGGAGAUUCCUUGGUUGGGGACAAGGCACAGGGCCCUCCCCUCCCUCUGCUUUGCAGGCUGUGGAGAGUGAUGCGCUCCCUUCAGCUGUGAACAGUAGCAGUUGGUGAGAUGCGGUGACUGCCGACAGGCAGGCACCCUCUGCACCAGAGAGAAGAGGAGCAAUGCACCCCACCUGCACAGCUGGCUUCCCACACCGAGCCUCAAUGCUCCUGCUUGAGAGAGUACAAGUGCUUCCCACUUCUGGGGAGGGAGAAGUAGAAGACACAGAGGCAAACCAGUGCAUCCUUCAGCGCUGGACACAGCAGCACUGAAAAGCAGACCUGAGCAUGUGUGGAAGAUCAACCACCGCAGCGCACUGUCCCUGAGAGCUGCCAGGCUCACUGAACAAAUGUGACCCUAGUGGACAGCUGACGUCUCUCAUUUCCUCCACCUACGUGCUGGGAAUGCAUCUAUCCAACUACUGCUGGAGCCUCAGCCUGCAGAAGGCACCCAGCUCACGUGCAACAGUCUUAAUAAGAGAGCAGAACAUGACCGCUUUGAUAAGGAUCCUGAUCCUUUCAAUCUGCAGCCAAGAGAAAAAAAUUCAGCAAGGAAAUGCUGAUGGAUAAAUAACAACAUCCCUGUUAUCUCCAUAAAAAAGUUUGCCCAUAGAACUGGGUCAGUCUCAGUGCUUGUGAAAAUUUCCCCAAAUGCAAAUGAAAACUUUUCCUGUGCUACCAGCUUCUAUUUCAUUAUUCCUCACAAGGUAGAGAGGUGGCUACCAUCCCUCUGGUAGGACAGAUUCCAUGAAAAGUGCAAUACUACUGCAGUGUUCCCUCUCUUCCUAACCCAAGGACCAGUGACAGAUUGGCCCCUACUUAACUACAACAGAUUAGCCCCUGCUUAAGUACCACACACCCAGUCAUCUACAGGGGCCACUAAAUAAUGAACAAGGCCAAGGAUAGCUCCAGUCGUGUCUGCAAUAGAUUCAAACCUAGCUUUUUCUGCUGGGGCAGGUUGCAUGCACCCUGUCUCAAAACUUCAUGGUCUCUUUGGAACUAAUCUCCAUUUGUGCUCCUCUCCUCAUCAGGAGCGCUGCUAGAUUAAGUGUUUGUUCCAUUUGACUGCUGCGAUAACUCUUGUUACGGCCCAUGCCUGUGGGGGAGCUGUUUCUGUAAGAUCCCUCCCAGUAAGAAAGGACAUAUGCCUCAGGAUCGGACCCAGGACUCUCCAUGGCUGCCCUCACUGAUACACCUGUCAGCACACAGGGUGUAUGUACAUCCCAGUUUCCAAAAGCUGGAAAAAUACAGCCCUGCCAGUUUCCUUUCCCAGUGAUUUUACAAAGCCACCUCCAGUAAUUCCUGAAUGAAAACACCAGACAAGCCCUGCCACACCAUGUCAGCUGGCCUCGUGUUGGGGCACUCUAAUGCUCUCCUUGUAUAGACAAACCUGACCUGGGACAGCCUCAGCACAUUUCUCUCAUUCUCCCUCCUCGCUAUACCAGACCAGAGGCUCCAUCUCUCUCUCUCUCAAGACUAGGUAUAGCUGUGCUGUUAGCUGCCCUCGUUUGACAGUAUUGAGCGUAACUCUGUGUGCUGUCUCUGCCUGUGUCCAUGCUCCAGCUUUGCUGUCUAGGAAGGGCUUCUUCUCUUUCCUAGCAUAAAUCCAGACCCUUUGUGCUCUGCCUCUGGAGCACAUAGCAGAGCUCUAUCUCUUUUUUUUGCUUGUCUGGGUUUGGGGAGGAGUUGCUCAUGAACAGCAUGCGUUGUUUACCUGGGGAGGUACCCUCCGUACUGCAUUGUAACUGCUUUAAUCC